AUGUUAGGACUGAAAGGGUGUCUAACUAUUCUUAUUGGAUACGUUAUUGCUGUCUGUGCUUUGUUUUCCAGUAGGGGAAGAAAUCCUUCAUUAACUGAUUGGGAAAAGUUAAAGGACCAGAAAAUAUCGAAUAUUGAUAACUUUGGGUUGACCGGUCAACAUCUUUUAGAAUUUUUCCAGGAAAACUUGCCAUUUCUAAGUUUUUCAGAGGAAAAGUAUCGUCACAAACACGUUUCUUUAUAUUAUGAUGUAUUCAAAGAAUAUAUCUUACGUCGUGCCAGUUCAAAAAAGUGUUUACCAGUAGACUCUGCUAUCGCAAAGUUGAACAAAGAUGUUAACCCAAUGCCAGUUCACUCCCAUAAUGACUACUGGAGGAAACUUCCGCUUUUUGAAGGUCUGGCCUAUGGUGCUAGUAGUACUGAAGCCGACGUGUGGAAUAUAGAUGAAAAGAUCCUAGCUGUGGGUCAUAAUGAAGCGUAUUUGGACCCAGUUGAAUUGACAUUAGACAAGCUAUACACUGGCCCCCUCUUGGAGAUUUUAGACGAGGUGAAUUGCCAAGAUUCAGACGCCGAUCGCAAAAAUGGUGUAUUUUUCAACUCUCCAGAAACUUCACUCUUCUUUUAUAUUGAUUUCAAGUCGGAUGAUAACGAACUAACUUAUAAACUGCUGAUGGAGCAAUAUUUCAAAUCUCUGAUUGAUUCUGGAUAUUUGACAUAUUACGAUAUGAAGAAGGAUGAAAUUAUUUGGAGACCUGUUACUGUGAUACUAACGGGCAACUACCCGACGUCAUUGGAUAUUUUAGACAAUGGAAAUGAUAACGGCUAUUUUGAGUCAAGUCAAAGGUUUGCAUUUCUAGAUGCGCCGUUGUUAAGUUUGGAGCCCAAAUACUCAAAGCUAUCUGUAGCUGCGACGGUUUCGUUCAGCCAAUUAAUGAAACAUUGUGGUUCUGAUCAUUGGAAAGUAUCGCUAAGAGGUCGUAUGGAUUCGAAUGAGAUCAGUUGUGCUAAAAGCAUAAUUGAUGGUGCUCACGCAUUGAAACUUAAAACAAGAAUUUGGGGAGCCCCAACCUGGCCAGCUAACCUGGUGGAAACUAUUUCUCGCCAAAUUAUUCAUGACUUGGGUUCCGAUUUACUUAACCUGGACAAUUUAUUCAUGGCAUCGUCAUUGAUAUAA